UCACCCAGAGCUCCCACACAAGCUCAGGCCGGACUCAGCGCUGCCAUGGAGGACGCUGCGGCACUUGUGGGCCGUGCUUAGUGCUCAGCACACACCCAGGAGGGCCUGACUCCUCCACAUAACGCUUCUCCUCACGAUCCCGGCCCCGUGGGGCCCCGUGGAGCCCCGCACCAACGCACCUCUCCUCAGCCCGCUCCGCACCACAGCUCGCCCCGUCGUCCCCUUCAGUCCCGCCUCCUCCGCUGUCUCGUUGGCUGGGUGGGCUGUCAGUCAGUUCGCGACCUCCGGCUCUCUACGUUCUGCUCUCAGUGUGUUGUUUGUGUGUGGUUGUGGAUAUGGAGGAGCUCAGCGGUGCUCAGCUCAUCGCCGAGGCGCUCCGGGCUCAAAAUAUCGAAUACAUGUUCGGAGUCGUGGGUAUUCCCAUCACUGAGGUGGCAGUGGCAGCGCAGGCAGCUGGAAUCAAGUACAUAGGGAUGAGAAACGAGCAAUCUGCUUGUUACGCUGCAUCCGCUGUUGGAUAUUUGACUGGCAGGCCGGGAGUGUGUCUCGUAGUUUCUGGUCCAGGUUUUUUACAUACCCUUGGUGGGAUGGCAAAUGCAACCAUCAACUGCUGGCCUUUGAUUGUUAUUGGAGGCUCUUCUGACAGAAAUCAGGAAACCAUGGGAGCUUUCCAGGAAUUCCCACAGGUGGAAGCUGCUAGGCUGUAUAACAAACUGUCUGUCCGCCCAAGCAGCCUGGAAGCGAUUCCUGCUGUUAUUGAAAAGGCUGUGAGAACCAGUAUAUACGGCCGCCCGGGUUCCUGUUACAUUGACAUACCUGGGGAUUUUGUGAAUCUUCAGGUGAAUAAGAGCUCUGUCAAGUAUGUGGAAUGCUGCCCACCACCUCCUGUCAGCACAGCUGAGCACUCUGCUGUAUCUGAAGCAGCAGCUCUCAUUGCUCACGCCAAGCAGCCUCUGCUGAUCAUUGGCAAAGGUGCUGCUUAUUCACGUGCUGAAAACAACAUCAGAAAGUUGGUGGACCUUUCUGGACUGCCUUUUUUGCCUACACCAAUGGCAAAAGGAGUAGUUCCUGAUAACCAUCCAAAUUGUGUAGCUGCAGCGAGAUCCACGGCAUUACUACAUGCUGAUGUAAUCAUCUUGCUUGGUGCGAGGUUGAACUGGAUUUUGCAUUUUGGACUUCCACCAAGGUUCCGACAAGAUGUAAAGGUUAUUCAGAUUGAUGUUUGUGCAGAAGAGAUGGGGAAUAAUGUGAGGCCAGCUGCAAUGCUAUUAGGUGAUAUAAAUGCCAUAACAAAGCAGCUUUUAGAAGAAUUCAGCAAAAGGUCUUUGAAAUAUCCCUCUAAUUCAGAGUGGUGGAAGAGACUAAGAGAGAAAAUGCUGAACAACGAGGAAAGAUCAAAGGAUUUAGCAUUACAGAAAUCCCUGCCCAUGAAUUAUUACACAGUCUUUCAUCACAUCAAAGAACUGGUACCCAAGGACUGCAUUUUGGUGAGCGAAGGAGCAAACACCAUGGACAUCGGACGAACUAUGCUUCCUAAUUAUCAUCCCCGUCAAAGGCUCGAUGCAGGUACUUUUGGAACAAUGGGAGUUGGACUGGGUUUUGCCAUAGCAGCUGCACUGGUGGCCAAAGACCGAACACCUGAGAAACGAGUCAUCUGUAUAGAAGGAGACAGUGCUUUUGGAUUUUCUGGGAUGGAAGUAGAAACUAUUUGCAGGUACAACUUGCCAAUCUUGAUUAUCAUCGUAAACAACAACGGGAUUUACACUGGUUUGGAUGCAGGUAGCUGGAAAGAGAUGUUACAGUACGGAGAUCCUGUUACAAGUGUACCUCCCGUUUCUCUCCUUCCAAAUGCACACUAUGAGAAAAUUAUGUCUGCCUUUGGUGGUAAAGGAUACUUCGUCAAUACGCCAGAAGAACUGCAGAAUGCUGUGAAAGCAAGUUUGGCUGACAAGCGAACACCUUCUCUUAUAAAUGUAAUGAUUGAUCCACAGUCUGAGAGAAAGAAACAGGAAUUUCCGUGGCUUACUCGUUCUAACCUGUAGAAGAAGAUGAAGUUGACCAUGGUGCAAGACAUGCAUAAAGCAAAACUAAAUUGGUUUCCAGAAGAGCAAACAGUACAACUCUUACUUAAACAGUGGAACAAAGUGCAAUUUAAAAAUGGAUAUCAGAGCAAUUUAA